AAAACCAUCUAUCGAGAUGUCUGCGGACUCCACCUGAGCUACAUAUUCCAAGAACCAGUGGUCAGAGAAGCCCUCACGUACAAACCGAAGCCUGGCGACGUCUUUGUCGUGUCUUUUCCAAAAAGCGGCAGCACUUGGAUGCAGCAGAUCGUCUACGCAAUUUACCACGAUGGAACGAGACCAGAGAAUCUUCGAGACUUUAUGGCGAAGUCACCCUUCCUAGAGCUGGUUGGACUUGAAGCGAUAGAGAACAUGGAACGACCUGGCGCAAUCAAGACCCACCUGCCUUUUAAUCGUGUACCUUACUCUCCGCAAGCGAAGUACAUAUUCGUGGCCCGAAACCCGUACGACUGCUGCGUUUCUUUCUACCAUCAUACGAGGGCGUUCCCGGCCUACCGCUUUGCCGAUGGAUCAUUUGAUACGUUUCUAGACAAAUUUCUAGCAGGGAAAGUGGACUGCGGUGAUUAUUUCAGGCAGCUGCUUUCGUGGUACGACCAUAUCGAUGACGAUAACGUCCUCUUCGUGACGUAUGAAAUAAAGUUACACACCAGUGAGGAAGUCAUCAAGAUCGCCGAUUUUCUCGGAGAAAAGUGUGGCGAGAGACUACGCAGUCGACCGGACAUACUGGAAAGGAUCUUGGACACGAUCAGUGCGAAGACGAUGGCAGCGUUCAACGAUGAGUUUAGAAAAUGGACCGAAGAGGCUGCCGCAAUGACGUCAUCCCAGGGAGGUGAGAUGGAUGACAAUGUCAAAAAACCAAUGACUGGAGACUUUGUACGCAAAGCGAUUGUUGGCGACUGGAAAAACCAUUUUAAUUCCGAACAAAUCAAGCGCAUGAAGGAAAGGUUAACGUCAAAAGUCCAAGGCAGCUCUGUCAUGAGUCUUUGGGAGGGCGUGGAGCUGCCGUGAAAAGGGAAACGUUUCGUCGAAAU